UGAGCUCAACACACAGAGACGCAGCUCCCUCCAUCCAGCUGGGUUUUUCUGAGAUUUCCAAGAGAUAUGCAGCUCAGUUCACUGCCAGACAGAGGAGUUUGGAUCCCAAGGUGAGAAGGACAUAAGGAGACAAGGAUUUAAGGAACAAGUGAAGGAGACAGACAUUCCAUAAUAGCCCCUGUGGAGCUCCAGCAGGGACGAGCCUACCAGCUGUGAUACCUAAUUGUGGAAAAAAGGCAGAGCUGCAAGGGAUUUGCAGAAAUGUGGCCUCUGAGAGACUUGCCCUGGCUCUUAAUUCCCCUGUGUGCAGUGGCUGUGUGUGCAGGUGUAGAUGGUGCAAAGGUCCUCAAUGGGUCGGGAGAAAUGUGUCAUCAUCCUUGCGAUGAGCUGUUGGAUUUGAUCACUGAGAUCCACGGUCUGCGUGUAGUGACUAAUAACCUGCUGGAAGAACUGGAGAGAGUAUCAAAAGAAAAUGAGGAGAUGCGGAUAUCCUUGGCUGAGCUGAGUAACGACAGCAACAGAGGCGAUGGAGAUGAGGAGGACAACUAUCUGGAUAGGGACAGGGACGGGGAGGUGUGGUGCGUGCAGGAUAGACGAGUGUACGAACAGGGGGAGGUCUGGGAGGUUGACAGCUGCACCUCCUGUGCUUGCCAGGAUGGAAAGGUGGUCUGUCAGCAGGUUCUGUGUCCCCCAGUCUCCUGCAUUACUCCGUCCUUUGUCGAUGGAAAGUGCUGCCUGGUGUGUCUUGAAAAUGAAGAUGGUUGGUCUCCUUGGUCUGAUUGGACCCACUGCUCUGUCACCUGUGGGCGUGGGGGGCAGCAACGAGGUCGAUCCUGCAACGGCAUCAAUGGCUGUGCUGGGCCCUCGCUUCAAACCCGCAGCUGCUCAGUAAUGACGUGUGACCGCAAGGCACGUGCAGAUGGGAACUGGGGCCUUUGGUCUCCUUGGUCUGCAUGCACAACCACAUGCGGUGAAGGCGACAUCACACGGGUCCGUCUGUGCAACAAUCCUCCACCAUCAAAGGAGGGCAAGGGGUGCAAAGGAUAUGCCAAGGAGACAAAAUCGUGCAACAACACAGUCUGCCCUGUUGCUGGACGUUGGACCGCCUGGGGUGAGUGGUCGCAAUGCUCCGCUUCCUGUGGUGGAGGCCUUAUGAGCCGCCAGCGGGAGUGUUUGAACCCCGCCCCUCAGAAUGGCGGGAAACCUUGUGCUGGGGAAGCUUCAGACUAUGAAGCAUGCAACAAACAACCGUGUCCUAUUGAUCUGUGUUUCCUUUCAAAUCCUUGUUUUCCUGAGGUGAAAUGCACAUCAAAGAGUGACGGAUCCUGGGAAUGUGGACAUUGUCCUGUCGGUCUGAAGGGGAAUGGUACUCACUGCGAAGAUGAGAAUGAGUGUGAAGUAGAUGGGGUGUGUUUUACAAAAUGUGUGAACACAGAUCCUGGAUUCUACUGCCUUCCCUGUCCUCCUCGAUACAAAGGCAACCAGCUGUAUGGCAUCGGACUGCAGGAAGCCAUGAAAGCCAGACAGGUGUGUGAACCAUAUAAUCCUUGCAAAGAAAACACACACACCUGCCACCAGUUUGCUGAUUGCAAAUACCUGGGUCUGGCAUCAGAAGUCUUGUUUAAGUGCUCGUGUGCUGUUGGCUUUGCUGGCGAUGGCUCCGUGUGUGGUGAAGACUCUGAUCUGGAUGGUUGGCCCAAUGAAAGACUGCCAUGCAAGCAGAAUGCCACUUAUCACUGUGAACAGGAUAACUGCCCCAUGCUGCCAAACUCCGGACAGGAAGACUUGGACAAGGAUGGACAGGGGGAUGCAUGUGAUCCUGAUGAUGACAAUGACAACAUCAUUGAUGAGAGAGAUAACUGCCCCCUGAUGUACAACCCUCGGCAGUUUGAUUCUGACAGGGAUGGGGUCGGGGAUUCCUGUGAUAACUGUCCGUUUGACAGGAACCCGAAGCAGACAGACAGCGAUGGCAAUGGAGAAGGAGAUGCCUGCAGCAUUGAUAUAGAUGGAGAUGAGAAACUGAAUGAGCUUGACAACUGUCCUUUUGUGUACAACACUGACCAGAGGGACACCGACCUGGAUGGUGUUGGAGAUCAGUGUGACAACUGCCCCCUUCUUCACAACCCACUGCAGCUUGACUCUGACAGUGACCUGGUUGGGGACUUGUGUGACAACAACGAGGACAUCGAUGAGGAUGGACACCAAAACUCUCUGGACAACUGUCCCUACAUUGCCAACAGUAACCAGGCUGACCAUGACAAGGAUGGAAAGGGAGAUGUUUGCGACCAUGACGAUGACAACGACGGGAUCCCUGAUGACCGGGACAACUGCAGACUGGUUCCCAAUACAGACCAGUUGGACUCAGAUGGUGAUGGCAGUGGAGACGCGUGCUUUGAUGACUUUGACAAUGACAACAUUCCAGAUGCACUGGAUCCCUGUCCUCUGAACCAGGAUAUUGGAGUGACAGACUUCAGGAAGUUUCAGGUGGUAUUGUUGGACCCCAAAGGCACCACGCAGUCUGACCCCCUGUGGGUGAUCCGUAGUCAGGGGACUGAGCUGCUGCAGAAAGCUAACUCUGACCCUGGGAUUGCUUUAGGGUAUGACAAGUUUAGCGCUGUAGACUUCAGUGUGACAUUUUAUGUGAAUACCAACCGUGAUGACGACUAUGCUGGGAUUGUGUUUGCUUAUCAGUCCAGUCGGCGGUUCUACGUAGUCAUGUGGAAACAGGUGUCUCAGGGUUACUGGGAGCAGAGGCCCUCCAAAGCUUUUGCCACAGCAGGACUAUCAAUCAAACUCGUCCAUUCCAGCACAGGACCAGGGGAGUACCUACGUAAUGCUCUUUGGCACACUGGAAACACAAGACACCAGGUCAGAACAUUGUGGCAUGACCCCAAUAAAAUUGGCUGGAAGGACUACACAGCAUACCGUAUGCACCUUAUACACCGACCCAAGACUGGGUUCAUCAGGGUGGUUGUGUAUGAGGGCAGGGGAAUUCUGGCUGACUCAGGGGCAGUUUAUGACCACACCCUGGCAGGAGGCAGACUGGGACUGUUUGUCUUCUCUCAGGAACAGGUUAUCUUCUCAGACCUAAGAUAUGACUGCAGAGACAACUGAAGCACUUUUUGGGAUGUACAGGAUGCUGCACAGCAAACAGCCAGAGAUCCACUACAACAAAAACAAAGAAUUUCCUUACAACUGAGAGAGAGGGAGACAACAGAGGAUGCACCAGGCCUUUAUCCUUCCAACACCAUCAGUUAAUAACCAUCAUCUAUCUACCUGUGAGCUUUUUAUGCAACAUUACCGAUUCCAGGCUGUCUCAUUCGCUGUAUAUUAUUCCUCUGGCAGCAUGUCUAAUGACAUUUAUUGUUGCUUUUUCUUUGCACCUUCCUAAUGGUUGUAAAUAAUUAUUUAUUGCGAGAGGGCAGAUAUAAGACAGGUGAAAAUGAUGACCGAGUAAACUGAGCACAUGUUUGGUGGUAACUUAUCAAUAAAAAAAGCGUUUUUUUCAUCAA